UGUGACCUCUCGACCUGGGCUGUGUCCAACAGGUCGAUCGUGAAAACAAACUCCAUUCGUUACAUGAGCACACACCAGUUCUUAUUCUUGCGACGGCGGUGCUUGGUCCUUUCCUUCUGUCGGGAGGAAACCGAGCACGGAGAGACUGUGCGUGGGUAUUCCUAACAGAGCAGUAUCCUGGUGGAUCAAUCCAUUCGAAAUCUCCAGCUCUAGGAACUUCUUCAAGUCUUCUUGAAUCUUCGGCAUCAUUUGCUGCAACCGGUCCUUAUAAGUCCCCAAGUCCGUUGGCCGGCGAAUGGUGCCAUCGCGAGUCGCGCGCUCCCACGGUUGUUGCAAGAAAAGAUACGGUAGCAAUAGUUGCGGAUAUCCUCCACUUACCCUUGAGCACUUUUCGAUACCAGCCCAUCGCCGCUGACGGAGCCCUAUCGGCAGAGGAGUUUCCAGGAUCAACGACCGAGUUCCAAAUCGAGGACACGGAGUUUGCGGCAUCGACAACAGUGGUACAGAGUUGCUCUUUGGCUUCUUCCAAUGCAUAGUACUUCGCGCCGGAUUCUUCGAUUGUGAACGACUCCACAAGGUCGGCGAAUGCUGCGAGCGAUGCAACGAUGGAGAUGACGACUUCCCAGCCGGAGAGGGAGUCGCCCAAAGAAUUUUGUAUGAAUUGCUCAUAGAAUGGGGGUCUUUUUGGAUACUUGACCUUGUUUGUGGCCUUGCCCACCUUGACUACCAGCUAAGCUGGAUUUCAACGUGGAGGAAUUGAGGUGCAAUCAAGAAAUGGGUGGAAUGGAUGAUCAAGUUGUGCUCUGAUAGCGCUGAUGAGCUGGCCAGCGAGGAAGUGACUGAGUUCUCCUUGUUCCUGACAUGCAUGCUUCUCGCCGCAGCUGAAAGCACAGCCCACCAGCCAUGGGUACACUGCGUGCUCGUCACGAGACCGCACAACCAAUGGCACCAAACCACCCCAAGAGACCGCUGAGCCCUCUUCGGAUGAUAUAACCUAGGGUCUUGAGAGUAUAUUUGAAUGCGCAAGCAAUCGAGGCGCCAUCACCGAGCCCACUUUUACCAAUAUGUUCUGGCUUAUAUUCCCCUGGAAUCGCAUCCUCGAUCGAUUCUGGAUGGCACCGGAUACGGACAGCAAGGUUCAAACUCCCAUCGACCUUCUCUUGCUGGACGAUGAGCCGGAUGAUACAGGCCCGGUCACGUUUGGACCAGAAUACUGGCGCCAACUGGGCGAGCACACCACGCUGGAGCAAGCUGAAGUUGAGCAUGCGUUGGGCGAGUUCAAGAAACUGCAUACUAUGAAUCUCACACAUUUGCUCAAUCAACUAGUUCUCAUCAAGGCCAACGUAGAAAAGAACGGAACCACAAACAAGAAGCAGAUGACAGUGCUCAGGAAAACGCUUCACCACUAUUCGAACGCAAUCCGAGACUUCCAAUACAUCACCGGCCUCAACACCGCACCACGCAUAUACCGGAACCAAAAGCGCAUCGCUCUCGAAGGCAGCUUCCCGGGACUCGCCAACCCGUUCUCUGGCACCAAGAAUUCUCUGGCACCAAGAACGUCCCCUAUAACACAUCCUAUCGGACCCUCCAGGACCGCACCGUGCAAAGCCGCGACGGCGUCAGAGAAGUCCUGCGCAAGUUCCUCCCUAACCGUCUUUCCUGGACCAACCCCGAGCGACGCGCACGCCCAGACAUUUACUCAUCCCGGGGGGGGGGGGGGCCGAUAUCUAUUCUCCGUUUGUGGAUUCGACAGCGCGCUUAAUCAUCGGGAUGUUUGGAGGGUGUGCGCUUGUGGUGCCGUUGAUGGUGAUGAUAUUCCAGCCGUCGCUGACGAAGAGCCUGAUUACGGUAUCCAUGGCGGUAGUGUUAUUUGCGUUAGCAUUGAGUCUAGUGUUUGAGACGGACAACAAGGAUACUCUCUCUGCAACAGCGACGUAUGCUGCCGUUCUGGUGGUUUUCGUCGGGAUGAGCACAGGACACAGCUGAUGGAUGUUGUCAGGGACACUGGGGUUGAGCAUUUGGCACGUCUCUGAGCGUUGAUGCGCGACGAUGAACCUAAUCGAAUGAAUACGCUUGGUUGGAACAAGGUAUCCAAUAUCAGCCAUUUGCACCAAAUACCUGAGUCUCUAGCGAGAGGCUUUCUGCUCAGCAGGGCUGAGAUAACUGUUGGCUUUUGGUUUUGUC